GCAAUGGGGACAGGAGACUAAAGUUAGGACCGUUGAGGUACAUUUGGAGGGAAGUCUCCAGUGGACAUCCCCAGGAUCUGUACUGUUUCGACAGCCAAGUAGCUGGAGGGCAGGAGGUGGUCUGCUGGUCGGAGACAGACUGGAGAACCCCGAGCUUCGCCCCGAAAUCAAAGCCCAUUUUAAAAAACAUUGCUAUACAUUCCACAUACUCUUAUGGGCGCCAAUAAUUGAAAUUGAAGCUAACUCCCCCCAUCUCCCCAAAUGGCAACGGAACCCCGGAGGGGCGGCAUGAAUGGACUGUAAUACUUAACAGGAGGAAACACCCGGGGAAAUCGUGAAAAGGAAGUCAUCAAAGAAAUGCAUGCGCUAAAAUGGGCUGUUCCCAUUCGGUAAGAGCCAAGGAUACCCCACGUUCUCCUCUGGUAACCUUGACACGUCAAGAGAAAUACGGAAGCCCGACCCCCCACCGAGCAUGUUAUCUGGACCCUGGGAGAGGAGCUCCCGGGGGAUUGUUAAUAGUGAAAAAUAGGAACUGUAGACCAUCCCAAAAGGAUCAGCAUGGGCAGCGUGCACAUAGUAGACCCACACUUAAUACACAGUUCUCGAGCUCAGCUGGAGCAGGACAGGACAGACCAAUCUAGGAAAAUGAAACCAUAGGCGGGCCUGGACCAAAUGUAAAGUCUUCCCUUUGGGUUCAAAGAAUCAACUUCAGAACUACAAGAUAGGAGGGCCUUAGCCAGCCCAACAAUUCAUCUGGAAAUUCGGAGUCUUAAUGGACUUCCAGGUGCCUUUGUGGAGGAAUAGUGUCCAGGACCCAGGAGAUGGGUAGUUUCGCUGCCCUCUUCCUUGGUCAGACCCCAUUUGGAAUAUUUGAAGUUACAGGAGCCGAAUUGUAGCAAAUGAUUAGACAAGGAUAAAGCACAGAUCGGCCAGAGGAGCUCAGUCGGGAUGCCCGAGAGCCUUGAAUUCGUGCAGUAGAAGGAUCCAUUGCAUCUUGGAGAAAAGGACAUGACAGCUGCCGACAAGUGUUUGUGGGGCAUUCUUUAGACUUGUGCUUGGCCCCAGAGGACUGAGCGAGAAGGAUGGGGGUCAGUUGCAAAGCCGCAGAGUUAGGCUUGAUCUAAGGGAAAACUUGUUAACACUUGUUCCAAAGUGGAAUGGGCUGCAUGCAGAGCUGGUGGGUUCUCUGUCACUAGAUAUCUCCAAGCAAAGGCUGGAUGACCACUGAGCAGGUUGGCAUCGACAGUGGGAGGCUGAGCCAUGCCACUUCAAGAUCAGCAAGCAGCGAGCCCAACCCCUUUGUCCCGAGAGCCAUGAACAACUGCAGGUACAACGGGGGUGUGGGACAGCCCCCAGGCGGUCUCACCUUCUCCAUCCACGAGCCUGAGGGCCAGCCCUUGCAGGCCCUGGGUGGCGGGGGCACCCGUCAAAGCUCGGGCCUAGAAGUGGUCGUGUCUAAAGGGGAGCAGGUACAUGUGUCCCCGGCCAGCCUGCAUGACCGAGUAGAAGAGGAGGAGGAGGAGGAGGAGGAGGAGGGAGACCGUAGUCCCCGGAGGGGCCCCAGGAAAACGCAGAACGUUAGCUACCGGCUGGGCCACCGGCGAGUCCUCUUUGAGAAGCGGAAGCGGCUCAGCGACUACGCUCUUAUCUUUGGCAUGUUCGGCAUCGUGGUUAUGGUGACUGAGACGGAGCUGUCCUGGGGCGUCUACACCAAGGAGUCUUCAUAUUCAUUUACACUAAAAUGCCUUAUCAGCCUCUCCACUGUCAUCCUGCUGGGUCUCAUCAUCAUGUACCAUGCCCGGGAGAUCCAGCUGUUCAUGGUGGACAACGGGGCUGACGACUGGCGCAUCGCCAUGACCUACGAGCGGAUCUUCUUCAUCGCGCUGGAGCUGGCGGUGUGCGCAGUGCACCCUGUGCCCGGCCAGUACCUGUUCACCUGGACAGCCCGCCUGGCUUUCACCUACACCACGUCGGUGGCAGACGCAGACGUGGACGUCAUCCUCUCCAUCCCCAUGUUCUUGCGCCUCUACCUCAUCGGCCGAGUCAUGCUCCUGCACAGCAAGCUCUUCACUGACGCCUCAUCCAGAAGCAUUGGGGCCCUCAACAAGAUCCACUUUGACACCCGAUUUGUCAUGAAGACACUCAUGACCAUCUGUCCCGGCACAGUCCUUCUCGUCUUCAGCAUCUCCUCCUGGAUCAUCGCCGCCUGGACCGUCCGAGUCUGUGAGAGGGAAAAAAUGUAUCACGACAAGCAGGAGGUAACCAGCAGCUUCCUGGGGGCCAUGUGGCUGAUCUCCAUCACCUUUCUGUCCAUUGGCUACGGGGACAUGGUACCCCACACCUACUGUGGGAAGGGCGUGUGUCUCCUCACGGGCAUCAUGGGCGCCGGCUGCACAGCCCUCGUGGUGGCCGUGGUGGCCCGAAAACUGGAGCUUACCAAGGCUGAGAAACACGUCCACAACUUCAUGAUGGACACUCAGCUUACCAAGCGGGUCAAAAAUGCUGCCGCCAACGUACUCAGGGAAACGUGGCUCAUUUACAAACACACCAAGCUGGUGAGGAAGCCCGACCAUGCCCGAGUUCGGAAACACCAGCGUAAGUUCCUUCAGGCCAUCCAUCAGGCUCAGAAGCUGAGGAGCGUGAAGAUGGAACAGAGGAAGUUGAGUGACCAGGCUAACACUCUGGUGGACUUGGCCAAGACCCAGAACGUCAUGUAUGACAUGGUGGCCGAGCUCCAGGGGCGCAGCGAGGACCUGGAGAAGCGGAUUGCGGCCCUGGAGACCAAGCUGGACACUCUGGGAGCCGCCCUUCAGGCUCUGCCCGGCCUCAUCACCCAAGCCAUAUGCCAGGUGCCGGCCAUGGCUGGGGACGUGGGCUCCGGCACCUCCCCCCGCCGGCGCCUGCCCCCGACGGCCCCAGACAGUGGCCCUGUACAGUUAUCUCUCUUGGAGUUCAAGAUGCUGGAGUGGAGCCCGGCCUACUUCAGCUGGGGCCCUGAGUCCUGGCGCCACCUCCUCUCCCGGUCUGGGUCCCCAGGGCCGAGGGCAGCUGCUCCCCGGCUGCCUCUCCCUCCCUCCCUUCCCAAACCCCAGCUUGCCCUCUGAGGGGAGGGAGCCUCACAGCGGGGACUCAGCCAGUGAUGCCCCUUGGAAAGUGGGGGGCUCCAGAUGUUGAGCGCCCUUCCUGCCCCCAGCCCCGGGCCACUGGCCAACUUCUGAUGUCAGGAUCUGAGGGAGGGGGCCCUUUGAGUCUUCUGUUUCUUGGGCCCCUGGGAAUUGACUGGGGCCUUCUUGGAGGGCUGGGGAGAGGACUCCUCCCGUCCCAGGGGAGGUGACAGGCUAAGAAGCUGGCCACGGGCAAGGGAGCCAAGCCCUCCCUCUCCCCGUCCCAGGCCCAUAUCUAUGGGGUUGGGCCCAGGUGGGAGAGGCCUGCACUGGCCUAUAGCGAAUGUAAAAGUUGGGCAGGAGGGGGAAAGGGAGGUGGGGAAAAAAGGGAGGAGGAGAGAGUGGCUGCACACCAAGACUGGAGACCCAGGCUUCUUCCCCUUCUCCUGGGACUUCCCUGCAGCGUCAUUCCUGGCACCUUGUUCACCCACAGAGGCCAACUUACAGGAGGGCCCGG